AUGGUUUUCGAUUCUGCUGGUCUAGAAGAUCCUCAUGUAGAGGCUAAAAACUUUUUUGAUCUUCUUGAGGCAGUUCAAAAUCCUUUGUGGGAAGGUUGUGUGCACUCUCAACUAUUGAUAGCUGUUAGAAUGCUAUACAUUAAGGCCGAGAGAAACCAAUCACAGGAGUCAUUUAAGCAAUGGGCCACCUUAAUUAGGGAAAUUGCUCCUGAGGGUAGUGCUAUACCUAGGGAUUACUAUGAGGCUAAGAAGUUAAUGCAAAAGCUUGGAUUGAAGGCAAUCAAAAUAGAUUGUUGCUCAAACAAUUGCAUGUUGUAUCGAAAAGACGAUGCUGCUCUAACUAGUUACAAGUUUUGUGAAGCACCUAAAUUCAAGCCUAUUUCCGAUGGUGAUUGUAAGUCCAAGAGAGUUCCUAUCAGACGGAUGCACUACUUACCCUUAAUCCCUAGACUUCGAAGGCUUUAUGCGUUAAUGAGUUCAGCUCCGCACAUGACGUGGCAUAUAAAAAACCAACGUGAUGAUGGCGUGAUGACCCAUCCGUCACAUGGGGAUGCAUGGAAAAGCUUUGACCGUAUCCACUCUGAUUUUGCUUUGGAGCCUAGAAACAUUAGGUUAGGUCUUUGCUCUGAUGGUUUUACCCCAAAUAUCCAAUUUAGCAAGCUUUAUUCUUGUUGGCCCGUAAUUAUAAUUUCAUACAAUCUACCUCCUGGAAUGUGUAUGAAAGAUCCCUAUUUGUUCUUGACUUGCUUAAUACCUGGUCCUAAUAACCCUAAAGCCAACCUUGAUGUAUUCUUGGGACCCUUGAUUGACAAAUUAAAUGAGUUGUGGAAUCUUGGUAUUUUGACGUAUGAUAUUGUAGAAAAGAAGAAUUUUGUCUUAAAGGCAGCAUUGAUGUGGACUAUCAAUGAUUUUCCGGCUUAUGGGAUGUUGUCUGGGUGGAUGACACAAGGAAGAUUGUCAUGUCCUAUUUGCAUGGAGGAUACCAAGUCUUUUACACUAUCACAUGGAGGCAAGGCAUCAUGGUUUGAUUGUCAUCGGAGGUUUUUGCCGAUAAAUCGCCCUUAUAGGCACAAUAAGAAUGACUUCAGGAAGAAUAAAAUAGAAAGUGAAGAGGCUCCUACCAGAUUAAGUGGUUUGGAGGUUUGGAAAAGGGUUAACGGACUUGGGAAGAUAUCAGAUAAUGGAAAGUGGAUCAAAUCGCGAGAGUAUGAUAUUACUCACAAUUAG